AAAAUAAGCAAUGUCAAAUAAUUAUGAGAGACUGACUAUUUAGCGUAAGGGAAAAGACCGACGGUGUCGCAAGAUUGACAGGAAAAAAGGUGCGUUAUAUUUGAGCGAAAUCUCGUCCACACUCGUGCAAAAGAAUGUGUUCGCGAAUUGCAUUCGUUUUUCGACUCUGUGUAACGAACAAUGCAUAGUUUUUGAUUAACAAAGAGCAAUCGAGUGUAAUGACUGUAUUAGUUCGCUCAAAAGACAUUCGUCGACGGAGAACGCUCACGUAAAUCAAACUAACUCGAUCGUAAAAUUGUGCGAAACGUUUUCGUUACUUGCAAAAAAAAAAAAAAAACCUUGAACUUUCGCUGCUCGAAGCCAAUGCAAAUUGCUUACAGCGAGCGCGAGUGGUUUCAACGAUGUAGAGAAAGAAAUGCUGCAGGCGAAGCUUUGUUUUUGAUAGAUACGAUACUUUUUUUGCAAUAAAAAAAAACAAAAAAAAAAGAUGAGCAUGAUUGAGUGAUCUCGCUACGUGAUUCUACGUACGUAAGUUUUUCUUUCGCUGUAAAAAGACAUGAGAUAAUAUAACUGAAUCCCAUCGCGAUCUUUUUUGAUCGUAAGACGCGCGAUUUGGAUCGGACGGGAAGGGAAAUCAAGAAGCGGUUCGGAACUUUGAGGCAUAUCCAUGAGAGUUGAAUAAAUAAAUUGCAUUUCACUAUGUACCACUGAAGGACGUUCCAGGAAGUUCUACAGUAUUCAGCAUGCAAUAUCGAAUGCGGCCGUGGUACGCAGGCCGCAACAGCGGGAAUAGAUAAGGCAGCGAAGAGCAGCCACGCGCCGCGUCAGUCAUGUGUAGUGUCACGUGGCUUUUUCGACUUCUGACGAUCUACCGUCUGACUCAUCUCACGGCAUCUGGCACGCACACAGAACUGCCUCCGGCGACGGAUUCGAUUUCCACGAAAUCAGCGACGACGGCGAAACGAUCCGUGCCGACGGAUGCACCAAUGCUGAACUACAUCUUUGAUACGCACAGCACUCUAAACAAGCAUCAACAUCAUCACGAUCAUAAAUGGGGUCCUCACUUCGAAGGCGAAAGCUCCAACAUCACGGUGCAAGCCGGCGCUAGUGUCACUCUCGAUUGUAGAAUAUCGUUGCUGCAGGAUAAAACCGUAUCCUGGUUGCGACGACAGGAGAGUAGCGAGAAGAUGAGUCUGCUGACAGUGGGUCAGCAUACGUAUACGAGUGAUCCGAGAUAUACCAUCGAAUUUCAGUAUCCGGACAACUGGCGUCUGCGUAUCAAGCGUGUUAACAGCAGCGACGAGGGUCAAUAUGAGUGUCAGAUCAGCACCCAUCCACCUAAGUUCAUUCAUGUCAACCUACACAUUAACGCACCGUCCGUCCAAAUAGUGGACGCCCUGGGCGAGCCGCUGCGAGACAAGUACUACGAGGCUGACAGCACUAUCGAACUACUGUGCGUCGUGCGUCACAUAGCGAUGCAGGUGCAGUACAGCGUCGUCCAGUGGCUCCACGGUAACAGAGUCUUGAACAACGACACGACGAGAGGCGGCAUCAGCAUAAAAACGGACCUAAUGGAAGAGGGGGCCAAUUCGACUCUAAGCAUAGCUAAAGUCGGACCUACGGAUAGCGGAAAUUACACGUGCCAGCUUACCACCAUGCCGGAUCAACCCGCCACGGUUCACGUACACGUUUUAAACGGAGAAAGUUUAGCCGAGUUACAUCAUAGUGGUGCACGGGUGGCCCGAGCGAGCGCCGCUAGUUCGCCGCUAUUCUUCCUUGCCGCCGUUCUGGCUCGGUCGGGUCAGGUGCUCAGAUGAAGGCUCAACGGGGAAGUUCCUCAAGUUCUGCGAAAGCCUCAAGUCGACGAUGGGCACCGUGACGAUGACAAAGAAACAGUGUUCUAUUAAUGUCCGAACCGUUACUAUCACUUGGACCGUUACAUCGCACGGACUUUUGUAUCAUCGUGACACAAAUGGACAUAAGAAUCGAAGAAAGAGUUGGAGGAAAAGAAGAGAUAAAGAGAGAAUGUGUGUGUGUGCGCGUGUGUGAAAGAAAGAGAGAGAGAGAGAGAGAGA